GAACAAUAAGGGUUUUCUAAUACAUGCAAAUUGCUGACUAUCAAAUGCUUACUUAUCAACCGUGAAUUAAUCGCGAUAAUAAAAUGUCUUUGCAAUCAAGAGAACUAACAUGUAAACGACAUAAACAUUGUUGAAAAUAAUGCAUAGUAUAAGGAUGUGUUUGCCAAAAUGGCAUAGUACAAUGACUAGAAAAUCUCAUGAAAACCCUACAUUGAACAACCAUUGAAGGAGAAGUUUUCAUUGUUUCUUGACCGGUUCACAGUUGGUUACUUGCACUCUAACUGCUCUCUCUCUCUCUCUCCCACAAUUUCCCUCACCCAGAACGUCACCAAAUCUUCAAUGGAGAGACAGAAUAUAUGUCCAUUAUCAAAUACCAAUCCUUUUCUUUUCCCAACCAAAACGUGCAGAAGAAUCACCUGCUAACACUUCCCAUUGGAGCUCCCCCCACAAGUUUUUCCCUAAUUUGUUUACCCGAUUCGGUUGUCAGUUAUGUCAAUCUCUCCAAGAAAUCAAUUUCUUAUUGUCUCCAAGCUAACGAGAUUAAACCCACGAAUCUGUAAUUGUUAUUUCCUCCGUUCAUGGUUGUUGGCACUCGAUUUCUUAUAUAUACCAACCUCAAUUUCAUCCCCUGUAUCACCUCCAUUACUGUUCUAUCGAGCUAUCAGCUUCCCCCCCUUAGCACCAGCCAUGGCAGCUUCGUCAACAUUCAGCUUCGUAGUCACAGCUUUGCUCCUUGUAGCCAUAUUGAUCAUUUCCCCCUUUCAACUAGGAAAGGCAGAUGAGGAAGCGCCUUACAUAGACGUGGGCAGCAAUGGAGUUUCUGGAAGCACAUCGUCUUCUUCUUCUUCGAGCAGCAGCAGUAGUGACAACGAUCCAGCACAAAUGGUCGCUAAAGCUAUGCUCUGUUUCAACAACAGGGGAAUUUACAGAAGCUGCGACGAGGACUUCCGAUUGAACGAGAGCGGGAGACUGGGAGUUCCAUUGGAGCAAGUGGAUGCCUACUGCGGCGGUUCUUGCUUGACGGAGACCAACAUGGUGCUCGAUUGCCUUGAAGGGAUUAUGAAGAAUUUCAGAUUCUACAACACCGCCACGAUCAAGGACAUUAAGGACACCGUCUCUGCAGGAUGCAGUGAUGGACCUGACAGAGGGAAUUUCGAUGUGUCUGAGCAUCUCGAGGCGUCUGAAUCUACUGUUCUGAAGGGUGCGAGUUGGGGUUUGUGUGCUAUUGGUUACUUGAUCGCCGGCCGAGCUUUGCUCCGUUGGUGAUUUGGGAGGCAGAGUUUGUUUGGUGGGAUUUUUUAGGGUUUUGGGAGGGAUUAUAGUAUAAGUGGUGGGUAUUGUUUUUGGUUUAGUAUAUGGAGUGUGGAAAUUGAUUGCAUUAUUGUGUAUUGAUUUGGAUCAAAUGAUGAUUGAAAUAUGUGUAUCACAUGUUCUCUUUUGGCUUGACAUUAUUACCAACUUGGAGAUGCAACAUUGGUCAAAGUUGGCUCUAAAUUUUGCUACAUAAAUGACGUUUAGUGUGUUUUUUUUUUCUUUCCUUUUUUUUUACUUGUUUCAUCCAUGUUUAGCCACACUCGAUCUUCCGGAUAGGAAUGGCAGUAGAACUUGAAUUCGCGGGUACCCUACUCGAACUAAUCUGGUCAACGCGGGUAAAGCUCGCUUUGACGGAUUGCGGGCCGGGUUCGAGUGUAGAUCAACUAUUCUUUUUGCGGGUUGGGUUUGGUUUAGCUAUAUCCAAACCAUAGAUACCCGCACUCAAGUCCAUACCCCCACGACCCAUGAAACCCUUAACAAAUUAACUAUAAUUUAUAAACUAAUUCCUUACAUGUUCAAUUAAUCAUAUUGUUUGUGGAUGUUUGUCUUUAAUAUUGAACAAUUAGUAUGAAUGAUUUACGAGCUAGUGUGCAAGUAGUACUAUAGCAGACAAUAGUAGUGAAAACUAGUGUAAUUGCAUCUUUGUACAUGAACUCAUGGGUACCCAUGAACCCGCGGAUACAUAGCGGGUUGGGUUGGGUUUGAGUUUUUAAAAUCCAGUGGGUUUAACCUCCGAUUUUUUUGCUGGAUAAACAUAUGGGUUUGAGUUUGGAUUUGGGUUUGGCAUUUACCCGCCCCGCCCCAACCCCUUGUCAACCCUACUUACAAAUGUCAUGAUAAAAAUCAUGAUUCUUCAUACUGCGUGACAAUGUGCGGGUGCUUGGAGAGUUAAAUUUGUCAUAUGCAAAAGAAAAUUGUCGUUUUUGUUGUUAAUCGGGCAAUCGACAUUAUUUUUUAGCACUAUCAUAAGCUGAUUUGAGAUAUCAAUUUAAAUAUCAUGCGAUAAAGUACAAAUAAUAUGAUCGACCUAUACUUUUUCAUUAAGAGAGAUCAUUCGCAACAAAUAAUAUCAUACUUAUGCUCUCAAAUUAACCAGCAACUAUGAUUCAAACCUUAAAUCAUGAAUCAAUGUAUAGGAGAAAA